AAACGGGUUUUAAGUUGCUCUUACUCGGAAGGAUUUUGAUCGCCAAUGAAUAAAUAAAACCCCACCCACGCUUUUCGCAAAAAGACACCAUACGUGUUUUCGUUUUCCAAUCCACAGUCCAAGGUUCAAACUUCAAAAGGGUAUUGAAAAUGAAGUUCAAAGAAGGAAGUUCAGUGGAGGUGUUAAGAAAAGAUAAGGAUCCGUACGGUUCAUGGUAUUCUGGUACUACAAUCGGAUUAGAUGGGGAUCACUAUGUUAUCAGGUACAAGUUUCUUGUUGACCACAGAGGAGAUUUUGUUGUGGAAAGAGUGCCCAAGAAGAAAAUAAGGCCUCAGCCUCCACUUGAUCAGAAGAGAAAAAAACAAAGAUGGUUUGCAGGUGAUAUAGCUGAGGUAUUUGAUUCACAGUGUUGGAGGGUUGGGAAGGUUGCAAAAGUGUUGAGGAAUAAGCGUUUGGUUGUUAAGUUUUUCGGGUCAAUCCAACUUAAGGAGUUUCAUGUUUCUAAUUUAAGGUUUCGUCAAGUUUGGCGUGAGAAUAAGUGGUCGGAUUUUGUCAAAAUUCAAAACCAUAAGCAGGAAGUCAACAGUUCUAGACAGGAAAGUUCAGGUUUUGGCUUAGGUUGCAGAGCUCCACUAGAGGCAAUCUGUGAAAGAACGACGAACCCAGAUGCAGAAGGAUGUAACCAGCGCCUGAUAAUGAGACAUUCUUUGUCUAGGCAGGUUGGUAAUUCUACUUCUCUACAAGUAGUAGACAACAAUGUCAAAGCAGAAAAAGAAACAACAAACGACUCGAUGCAAGAUAGUAACGAGUGCUCGGUUGCUAGUUGUAGUUUGAACGAAACUGCUGAAUGGACAACAGGAGUUUCCCACAGAAUUGAUGAAAAUGUUUCUCAUGGCUCCGACGCCGAGUCUGCAUUUCCAACGGUGUCUAGUAAACGGAACAAAGUUUCAUCUCCCGGGCAUAAACUGGAAGUUGACAUCCACAAUUUGGAGCUUCAAGCGUACAAGUCAACAGUGCAGGCACUCUAUGCUUCAGGUCCCUUGAGUUGGGAACAAGAGUCUCUGUUGACAAAUCUGCGCCUUUCUCUACACAUUUCAAAUGAUGAACACUUACAUCAGCUUAAGCACCUCUUGUCUGCUCAAGUUCUUUGAUCGGACAUGGGAGAGAUUAUGUUCACUAGGGUACUUUGGCUGCCGUUUGUAGCUCUGUUGAGUGUACAUAUAUGUAAAUUGGCCAUGAGGGAUUUUUAUUUUUAGUUUUUAUUUAAAUUUUUCUGUCAGUUUAUGUAACGAUGUCAAUGACAAAAAACCAUGUCAACAUGUGUACAGCUAGUCAUUCUCCUGGAUUCCAACUUUUUGCAUGAGACCAAAUAAGGUGUUUUCAAUUAGAUCAUCAAGCUUAUCUUGAUUUGACUUUGUAGUAAUUGAGGUAAAAUGACCUUAU